GAAACCUUUUCUGUGUUCCAAUUCUCUUGCAAAAGAGUAGAGCAUCCUUCCCCCAACCACAGAGAAACAGAGAGAGAAAUGGCUGAAGCAAAAAUAAUUGUCAGUGGUGUGGGAGAGAUCCUGAAGAACCUGAUCUCCAUGGCAACCGAGGAGAUUGGACUUAUAUGGAAUGUCAAGGAAGAGCUGAACAAGUUGGUACGCACUGUGAACGCAAUCCAAGCAUUAAUACAUGAUGCUGAGAAGCAACAAGAAGAAAAGGAGACUGUGAGACUAUUCUUGAGAAGGCUUAAAGAUGUAGCUUAUGCUGCUGAAGACGUUUUGGAUGAACUCGGCUACCAAACCACAAGGUUGCAGGUGACAAACAGCAAGGUUAGCAACUUCUUGCACUCAAUUUCAGUUGCUUUUAAGUCAAAGAUGGCUCACAAGAUCAAAGAUAUAAACAAAGAUUUUGAUGAGAUUAAAAGUUACAUGGAUUCAUUCAAUUUUGCAAGCAUGUCUAUACCUAUAAAUCUUCAAAAUAGAAAGACCAUAGAGACAUUCUCUUUGGUAGAUGAAUCUGAGGUUGUUGGAAGGGAUGAUGAUAAGUCAAAGAUAAUAAGCAUAUUAACAAGCUCUGACAAUCAAGAUAUCCUUUCGAUCCUUCCCAUAGUUGGAAUGGGAGGGAUUGGAAAAACCACGCUUGCUAAAUUUGUCUUCAACGAUGUCUUUGUAGCAAAGUAUUUUAAUAAAAGAAUAUGGGUCCAUGUCUCAAAAGAAUUUGAUGUCAAGAAAAUUUGGAUAGAGAUCACAGAAUCUAUUACCAAUAGAACAUGUCAGUUUAUAUCUACUGAUGUGAUACUAAGGAAUCUUAAAGAUGAAUUGAGUGAGAAGCGUUUUUUACUUGUAUUGGAUGAUAUAUGGAAUGAAGAUGGUGAGCAAUGGGAUAUGCUUAAGUCUUCGUUAAAAAUUGGUGCACAAGGUAGCAAAAUCAUUGCUACUACUCGUAGUGUUGGAGUUGCAAAAAUGAUGAGCACACUUGUUAUACACCAGCUUAGAAACUUAUCAGAAGAUAAAUGUUGGUCCAUUCUCAAGAAUAAAGCUUUUGGGAAUGGAGGGGCUGAAGAGACUCCAAAUAUGGUGGUAAUAGGGAAAGAAAUUGUGAAAAAGUGUGGAGGCUUGCCAUUAGCUGCGAAAGCACUAGGAGGCUUGAUGCAUAUCAAGAAAGAUGAACAAGACUGGUUAUCUAUAAAGGAUAGUGAUAUUUGGGCCCUGCCUAUGGAUAGAGAUGGAAUCCUUCCAGCACUAAAAUUGAGCUAUGAUCACCUACCAUCACCUUUGAAACAAUGUUUCUUAUAUUGUUCAAUGUUUCGUAAAGGUCGCAAUAUCUCCAAAAGUGUUCUAAUCCAACAAUGGAUGGCAUUAGGGUUCCUUCAACCUUCCACAGGAGGUAGGCCAAUGGAAGAUAUUGGAAAUGAUUACAUCAACUAUUUGUUAUGGAAUUCAUUUUUCCAGGACGCUGAGAAAAAUCAUAUUGGUGACAUAAUUUUGAAUAUGCAUGAUCUUGUUUUUGAUCUGGCACUUUCUCUUUCAAGGGUUGACAUUGUAAUUGUUGGGGUUGAAGAGUAUAAAAGCAAUUUUGAUGCUUUUCAUUUGAGAUUAGAUAUGGAAGGUGAGUUAAAAAAGAUCCAAGUAGAACACUUGUGCAAGGUGAGAAAGUUGCGGUCAUUGCGUUUGACAUACAAAGGAACCGAAACUCCCAUUUCUAGUAAUCUCCUUGAUAUUUUGUUCAAAAAACUCAAGCAUUUACGUGUUCUAACUUUAUAUGGUUGUGGAAUUAAAGAGUUACCAUCCUCUAUUAAGAGUUUGAAACACUUAAAGUACCUUAACCUCGACGGAAAUCCAAUUGAAACAUUACCUGCAUCAAUCACCAAGCUAUACAACUUGCAGACAUUAGACCUUGAGAAUUGUCCUCUAAAAGAUCUUCCCCAAGAUAUGCGAAAAUUGGUAAACUUGAGGAAACUUUUAUUUGUUAGAAAAAAUGGAUGUUUGAGUCAAAUGCCAACUGAGAUGGGAAGAUUAAUUUGCCUUAAUGAAUUAUCAACAUUUGUUGUGGGCCACAAAAGGGGGCAGGGUAUCAAAGAGUUGCAACACCUGGAUCUUCGAGGAAUUUUAAAUAUCUACAAUCUUGAGAACGUGAGAAGUAGAGGGGAAGCUGAGGAGGCAAAUUUAAUGGGAAAAGAAAAGCUUGAUGUGUUGAAUUUAUCAUGGGAAAGCCAUGUUUUGGGUGGUGAUAGUAAUUUUAUGUUGGGAAAUGACAAUAAGAAAACCAUUGUUGACAAAGAUGAUGUAUUAGAAGGUCUUCAACCUCAUUCGAAUCUAAAAAACCUAACAAUUCGAAACUUUGGAGGUGAUUAUUUGCCUCAAUGGAUGAUGUGUGUGUGUGGGUUCUCCCUCCCUAAAUUGGUGAAACUCUUCCUACAUGACUGCGAGAGAUUGGAACAUGUCCCCCAUCUUGGACAGCUGCCGUCUCUUAAGAUUCUUCAUCUAAAGGGAGUGAAAAGGAUGAAGAGUUUUGGCAGUGAGUUCUAUCGUGGAGAUGGUAGCAAUAGUACUCAAGCUUCCCUUACUUCAACAACAUUCCCUUCAUUGGAAGAGCUUUCCCUUGGAGAGUUGCCCAGCUUAGAAGAAUGGAUGGAACCACAAGGCUCCUUCCCUCGCCUUGAGAGGAUGUUUUUGAAAGAUUGCCCCAAGUUGGUGACCAUGCCCAGUCGGUUUCCUUCUCUUAAACUAUUCCAAAUCAGAAGAAGUAAUGGCAUCUUGCUAAGGUUAGUCAUGGAGGUUCCCUCUCUUAGAGAACUAUAUAUAAUUGAAGUGUCAGAGCUGAAGUUUUUGCCAAAAGGUUUAUUGCACAACAAUAUCGAAAUUUUACAUAUUGUGAAAUGCCCCAGCAUUGAAGCAAUUAUUGCACCAAGUGAGGAGGGUGUGCAAGUUGUCCUCUCAUCAUCUCUUGAACUACUACAGGUAAUUGAUUGCCCUUCUCUGGCUUCAUUGCCAGAUCUACAAGGUCUGCAAUCUAUUCGGACUUUUUAUUUUCACAGAAAUGAAAAAUUAACUCAAUUACCAGAGGGUCUACACACCCUCCACACCCUUGAAUUGUUAUGUAUUGGUGGGUUUUCAAUGGAGCUGGAGUCUUUUCCUGACUUGGAGCCUCUUCAACACUUACCUUCCCUUCGAAGCUUAAAUAUUAUUGGCUGGUCUAAGCUUAACUGUCUUCCUGAGAAACUUCAAGGUCUCACCCAAUUAGAACACUUGGGAAUACAUGGCUUUCAUAGUAUCGAAGCUCUGCCAGAGUGGCUCGGGAACCUUUCUUCUCUUCGAACAUUGGGUCUUGUAUGGUGCAAUAAUCUGAUGUAUCUUCCAAAGGAGGAAGGACUGAGAUGCUUCACCACACUAGAAAAGUUGAUUAUUAGAAGUUGCCCCCUUCUCAAAGAAAGAUGCAGCAGGGGAAGAGGAGAUGAGUGGCCUAAGAUUAGACACAUACAAUGUGUUGAAAUUGAUGCUCAAUGUGUGUAGUUGGUGCAGAGUUAUUCUUCAAAUGUCAGGUAAAAUAAAAUAUUCAGAUAUUGUGGUGGGCUAUAGACUUCUGAGUAUUUUGGUUGAUUUAGUCUGAUUUAGUUUCCCUUGCCCAAGCAGGGAUUGAUUCUGGUAUCUUUUUCAUUUAUUUCUUGAAUUAUAUUUUCGUCAUUUUCUUCCUUCAAUGAUCUCAAUGAGGUUUUAUUUUAAUGACUUGGUGGAUUUUCAAAAAUUUAUCAUACAAGUGGAAUUUUCAGAAUUUCUUUGCACUCAAAGUCUCUCCUCAGUGACAGUUGAAGAAAGAAAUCAGUCCAUUCUUUAACCUGUGCAUACAGUUAAGCAUUUGUAUAAGCAUGAAUUUAAAAUUAGAAAAGGACUGAUUCUACCUACAAAUAAAUUCUCAACUACAACUGCAGGCACCAAGAUCAGCAAGUGCUAGAUCAAUAAGAGGAUCGUCCCAAAAUACUCGAUCAAAGAUAGUUGCAAAACAACAAGCAUCAAGCAUACACUGGCCAAGCAGUACAGUAGGAAGCCUGGAUUGCGUCUGAGCUACAAUGAGUGAGAAUCAUUUUAUUGCUUCGCCGUGAUAGCUGUUCAAUUAGCAAUGGAGAAUUCAUAAAAGCUGACUUGCAAGAAUUGGAGCAGUGGUGCUUCAAAGCAACACUCCAAGUAUGAGUUAGCCAAAUCAAGCUAUUGGAUGCCAGGACCAAAAUGAAGGGGAGGGGAGGGGAGGGGAGGGAAGGCAGGCUGUUGGGUUUCUGGUGCUGAGCAUUCCACAAAUAUAUAUAUAUAUAUAUAUAUAUAUUGCAUUGGAACAAUGUUCUGGGAUGACAAAUAUGGAUCCCAAGGGCCAUCUCCAGAUGGGCCAAAUCCAGCAUUUCUUUAUCUCCAGACAAGCUAUCAAGAUCGUUUCUUGACAUCUGCCUCUGCAAUAUUGAUCCACCCCUGCUUUUAUGCCAAGAACUAUGAGUUCCAUUUACUGUCACAACACAGAGAUUAAGAUACUCAUCACCAUUCGUUUUCCUCAUAUUCAUACAUGUAAAAAAAUUUUAGUACUGUAAUUUAUUACUCUUUCCUUUCCCCUACCCAAUGGGUGAGCCUCUGCUGAUGGCAAUGCCGAAGGUGGGGAGUCUCUCUAUCCUUCUGUUUUUGUUUCCAUCAUGUUCUGUCCUGACGGCUUUUCAUUUGUUUGUUCUCCAUUGUAAUUGUGCAUUAUGGGCUGAUUGUUGUAAUGAAGAACAUGAUUUCGGAAUUUUUAAAACCAUGCUUGUUCCCAGCUUUAUUGUUAAAA